AGAAAGACUCAAGCUCAUCCCGGGAUCUUGCGAACACCACAGCACCCAUUGCGAACUACGGCGACCCAAAAUUAUUGCAUGGCAAGGCACGCGAAACCACUUGAAGGGGUCUUAACGACGCGACAAUGCAAGCAGAAAGGGGAACUUGACAAAUAUUUCUGCUACCAUUCUGCAGAUCCGAAUAUUGCGAUUUCGACUUCUCUCAUUCUCCAAGUCUUCUAUACCUCAACAAUCUAAGACGAAAUCAAUCUACGGACUGCACAAGAGCCCAAACAGUGCCUUACCCCGAGAUGGGCAUCUGCCCCGGACAUGAUGCAACAACGCAGAGAUGAGAUUCUGGCAAAGAAGGCCAAGCUUGCAGAGUUGAAGAGGCAGAGGGAACUUCGUACAAGGGAGAUAUCGUCGAGUCGACAAAGCAUAGGCAGUUCCAGUGAUUUAGCAGCACCAAUACCAAACCGGGCAGGGGAUCGCGAAGAGUUGGAAAAGUACAUAUCCUCAAUAUUAGUGGAUAAAAGUCGGCCUGGAUCAACAGGACCUGGCGGUGCUGGCUCUCCGGCUGGAAAGGGCAGUAGACCAAACAGUGUAUUGAGCGCAGGGGAACUCAGCAACGAGAAUUCAGAACCAUCUAUCAGUCAGCUACAGAAUCAACCACAAACCCUCUCCAUUUCUACACAAACUCUUUCUACCGUUCCUCUGGCUACAGUCUACGAGUUCCCACCAUCACCAGUUAAGGAAGUGUUUUCCUAUAGCAAGGGGGUACAAACUUCGGAAGAAUGGGGCACCCAGACGUCUAAACCAAAGGCCUUUGAAGACUCGGACAAUGAUGAAGGAGACACCGCAGCGACAUCUACACCUAGCAAGCGGCUGAGUAGGAGAGAGCGAGAUCGAGAAGAUGAACUUCGGGAGAACUUGAGGAGGGAGAUUGAAGAGGAGCUCAAGGCAACCAGAGAUUUGGUUGUGGAUGGAUCCCUCAAGACCUCAACAAAUGGCACAGCAAACUUUCCCGCCAGAGCUCUCACAAAUGAAGAGCUUAAUGCUGUCACCUCGUCCGAGGAUUUUAUGGACUUUUUGGAAAGAUCCAGCAAGGUUAUUGAGAGGGCAUUGGAUCAGGAAUAUGAUAUCUUGGCAGAUUAUGCACUGAGUGGCCAGAAUGGAGUUGAAGACGAUGACGAUGAGUAUGGAAACACAAGAGGAAAAGGCCGGCGGCGUGUCAAAGAGGUUGCACAAUUUUACGAUGAACGAUGGUCCAAGAAGAGGAUGAUCAGCGACAUCAAUUUCUCUCCCAAAUUCCCCGAAUUAGUUCUGGCAGCAUAUACGAAGAACCCUUCGGCACCUCACGACCCAGAUGGACUCGUUCAAGUCUGGAAUAUGCAUCUCCACGACAGACCAGAGUUUGUCUUCCACGCGCAGUCAGAUGUACUAGCAGCCAAAUUCUCUCCCUUCCACCCAAAUCUAAUCAUAGGAGGCUGUUAUAGCGGCCAAGUCCUACUCUGGGACACCCGAAUGAAAUCCGCCCCAGUCCAAAAAACACCACUCACAGGCACCGGCCACACCCACCCCGUCUACUCCGUCGACAUCGUCGGCACCCAAAACGCAAACAACAUCAUCUCCUGCUCCACCGACGGCGUCGUCUGUGGCUGGACAGUCGACAUGCUCGCGCAGCCCCAAGAACUCCUCACACUCACCACUCCACCCCCCAUGAAAACCGAAGACCUCUCCCCAACCUGCAUGGCCUUCCCACAGACCGACCCAACCUACUUCCUCGUCGGCUCCGAAGAAGGCACCAUCUUCCCCUGCCACCGGUACGACCGCGCCGGCGCCAAAGCAGGCGUCGACCAGCGCGUCAGCUACAGAGGCCAUGCCGGCCCCGUCAUGUCCCUGGACUUCCACCCUGCUCGCGGACCCGUCGAUCUCGGCGAUCUGGUCCUCUCCUCCUCUCUAGACUGGAGCGUCAAGUUGUGGAAAGUCCGCGCCCCAGCUGCUACAUCCACCACUGGCAUCACAGGAGAAAGCCAAUCCGUCGUGCCCAUCCUGGAUUUCACACGCGAAGACGUCGUCUACGACGCUGCUUGGUCGCCCGUCAAACCUGGUGUCUUUUCCCUCGUCGACGGAGCGGGAAAUCUUGAAGUCUGGGAUAUAACCGUCGAUACUGAAGUCCCUCUCGCGAAAGUAUCGCCUAGUAGCCGGAAAGCCGGACGCAGCAUGAUGGCCAAAAGCCUGAAUAAAGUCUCCUGGGAAGAAGUCGAAGGCAAACGUCUGGCUACGGGCGGUAUUGACGGGACGCUUACGGUGUUUGAGGUUGGGCCUGAUCUUGGGGGGAAGGAGAGCGCAAGGAAUGAGGAGUGGACGAAUGUUAAAAAGUUGGUGGCGAGAUUGGAGAGUACGGGUGCUGGGACGGGGCCUGGGGCAGUCAAUGGUGUGAAUGGUGUUUAGUCCGAGCGGAGGGGAGCGACCGGCAUAGUUGAGAUACGAUGAGAUGGAAGGUGAUAUGAUUUGAGUGAGUGGCUGGCUGGCUGUAGUUGAUAUAGCGGCGUUGUAUUCUUGUGUUGUGUUGCAUAUACCCUAGUUUUCUCACCCAUCACAUCACACGCACAUUGUUGCAUGACGAAGGAAGAAAUCAUAUAAGUAAAAUUGAAGACUCAUUGAAGAACGAACGUAUCUCUCAUCUCUUCGUUACUCAUCGUUGUGAGUUGAAUAGGUCGUCUGGUUCAUAGCUCAUCCAUUCUAUGCAAUGCUCAAUCUGGGUAUCUCUAGCCAAGUAUGAAGCCCGCUCGCUCGCUUAAUCGCAAAAACAACAAUGCAUCCUAAGCCAAGUACAACGCAGCCAUUCUGCCAUCUACGCAAUGCAACGCAUCAUUACUUCCCAUUUCGACCUACAAGGCUCCACAAGAGCAAGAAGCAAGAAAAUCAACGCGAAAAUCAACAACAUGGGCAGCUCCACUUCCACCUCCAUCUACCUAACACACGCCACAGCACCGCCCAACCUCAAGAAUAGUACUUCUCAUGCUCAUCCCUACUCUCUGGUAACAUCUCAUAUCCACUGUAUCCACUGUAAGCUCCCCUAUUCCCACUCUCGUUCCCAUAUCCAUAUCCACUCCCGUCAAUAUCCCCACCAAUCUCCAUC